UCGCAACUUACAUGUUAAGUGAUCUUUGAAUAUAAAAAGGUUGAGAACCACUGAUCUAUAAUCUAUAUAAAGUAGCUAUCUCAUACUUCAACGUGUCAAAAAAGUAAAAGUUGUGAAACUGUCAUAUUGACCAAGAGUGUUAUAUUUUCAUUAAUUAUAACAUAGUUACAAUAUUAUUUCUAAGUACAGUUAUAAUUGUUAAUGCAAAACUUUAUAAACAGUGACAUGUAAUCUAUAAAUGUUUAUAAAAUUAUUUACAAAUAAAAACGAAAUAUUAAAGUGGAAGUUCUUUUUACAAUUCCAGUCUGAAGAUACUUCUUAAUAAGGUGGACAUAACACACAUAUACACACAUACACUUGUACUCUUACGUUCAGAAAUUAAUAAAUAAAAAAAAUUUGACAAAACUUUAUAAUUUGCUCAAGAAACAAUGAUCAUCUCCUUACUACUGUUCUGCAUUUUUAUUAUAUUACUGUGUCAUUACGCCAUUCAUUAUGGAAGAUUUGGGCAACUUAUUAAUCGGAUACCUGGAGAACCGGUGUUACCAUUAAUUGGUCAUGUCCUUGAUUGGUGCAGACGUUCAUUAGAGGACCUCUGGACAUAUCAUCGCGAAAUUGGUAAAAAGUUUUAUCCAAUAUAUAGAAUUUGGCACGUGAAUAUAGCUUAUGUUAGCAUUAGCCAUCCAGAUGACGUACAGACAAUAUUAACCAAUCCAAAGCAACAUCUUGGGAAAGGAUACAUAUACACAUUUCUUCAUCCUUGGUUGAAUACCGGCCUACUCACUAGCGAAGGCAUAAAGUGGCAUAAAAGACGAAAGAUACUAACGCCAGCAUUUCAUUUUAAUGUGCUAAAACAAUUUGUUGACAUUUUGAUCGAGGAGGGCAAUUACAUGACGCAAUGUUUGAAAGAUAGUAAAGAAUCGACUGUUAAUGAUUUAACCUCCUUUACUAGCAAUCAUACGUUAAAUGCAAUAUGCAAAACUGCUAUGGGAACUUCUUUGAAAGAAAUGGGCGAAUUUCAGCAAGAGUAUCGUCACGCAGUACACCAAAUAGGUAAAAUUGUCAUAAAAAGAUUAAUGAAGAUUUGGAUUCAUUCUGAUGUGGUGUUUUCGUUUGUACCAAUGGGUAGAAUGCAAGCUAAGUGUUUAAAAAUACUGCAUGGAUUCACCGAGAAAAUUAUUACGGAAAGGAAACAACAUCAUAAAAGUACUAAUGGACAAUAUUUGAAACAAUUUGAAAAUGGAUCAAUAAUUGAUGACGAGGAAGUAAUAGGAACUCAGAAAAAAAGACUAGCUAUGUUAGAUCUUUUGAUAGCAGCGUCCCAGAAUAAUGAAUUGAGUGAUUUGGACAUCAGAGAAGAAGUUGAUACUUUUAUGUUCGAAGGUCACGAUACUGUAGCGAUAGGUACGUGCUUCGCUAUAUUGCUGAUAGCUGAGCAUAAAGAUAUUCAGGAUCGUAUUAGGAGUGAAGUUAGUGCUGUGAUGCAAGAGAAUGAUGGAAAACUUACCAUGGCAGCAUUAAAUAAUAUGCCAUAUUUGGAAAGAUGUUUAAAGGAAUCCUUGAGAUUGUAUCCCAGUGUUCCCUUCAUAUCGCGCGUUUUAUCGGAAGAUGUAAAAUUGCAAUCAUAUCUGGUACCCUCUAAAACGGUAUUAUUUAUGCCUAUCUACGAUAUUCAUAGAGAUCCCAACUUUUGGCCACAACCUGAUGUUUUUGAUCCAGAUCGAUUCUUACCAGAAAAUUCUCAAAAUCGUCAUCCUUUUUCUUAUUUACCUUUUAGCGCAGGACCAAGAAAUUGUAUAGGUCAACGAUUUGCUAUGUUGGAGUUAAAAGCUGUCAUAGCCCCUCUAGUGUACAAUUUUUUUUUGGAACCUGUUGACUAUUUGAAAGAUCUUCGAUUUAUAAUGGAUAUAGUACUUCGGGUUGCACAUCCAAUUCGUGUAAAAUUUGUUCCAAUCGUACGUACAGAGUCGUCUGAAGUAAGCGAUUCGACAAAUAGAAAUUAAUUGAAAUCUUUAAGUAAUAAUUAUUAGUGAUUAUUUGGUAAAAAUAUAUUGGGGAUAUUUGUUAUUGAUUUUUGGAUUUUAUUGUUGGAAUAAAAGUGUAUGACAGAAUAUA